AUGGAGUGGGAUCCCACCCAGUACUUCCGCGCCGAUGAUCCUCCCACGCCCUUUGCCCUGGUGAUUCUGAACCAGCCAAUCAACGAGAAAGCAUUCAGUGUGCUGCGGGAACACUCAUGCAUUACCAUCUGCGCCGAUGGCGGCGCAAACCGGUAUUAUGAGAUGAUGAGACGGCACGGGCGAGAGUCCCUUGAUCUCCCAUCUUUGAUCAUCGGCGACCUGGACUCCAUCCAUCCAGAGAUCAGAACCCACUACGACAACCUGGGCGUCCCUGUCAUCGAAGACCCAGACCAAUAUUCAACAGACUUCACGAAAUGUCUAACCUACCUGCACAGUCACGCACACGAAAUCGUCGCCAAGAAGUCUGGGUCUCGCCGCCCGUCCCAGCAGCCUCUUAAUAUUAUUAUUCUGGGUGGAUUGGGCGGCCGUGUCGAUCAAGCCUUCUCACAAAUCCAUCAUCUGUAUAUGAUGACACAGCAGCAGCAGCAGGAGUCGUCUUCUGCAUUGGUGGGUCACUUGUACCUUGUCUCCGAAGAAAGUAUCACUUUUAUUCUGCGAUCAGGGAAGAAUAUCAUCCGCACGCCGGGAACGAAUCGGCCCGGUUCCACUGUGGUGGGAACGGAGUCCCAUUUUCUGGAGGAAAACGUGGGUAUCAUUCCUCUCUCUGGGCCGGCGAGUAUCACCACCGCUGGGUUUGAGUGGGACGUAGCGGACUGGAGCACGGAGAUUGGAGGGCAGAUUAGUACGAGUAAUCAUAUCCGGGCAGACGUGGUGGAGGUCGCGAGCCGGACUCCGGUUCUGUUCACGCUGGAGUUGGCAAGCAGGUUCAAGAGAGCGAGAUGA